UCGUAGACGCUGUGCGGGUCUCAAAGUUCGCCUAUGCCCUUAUGCCGCCGUCUCUUUCGAACCUUCAAGAGGCGGCUCGCCGGCGGCCGCUCCCUCACCUCCCCCAAGAUCUUUAAGUCCUACGCCGAGACCUUCGCUUCCGUCCUCCGCCAAUGCGCUCUCGACAGCCGCCUCGCCGCCCUCGGGCUGGCCCUCCACGGCCAUGCGCUCCGCGCUGGCAUCUCCGCCGACCCCUCCGUCUCCUCCAAGAUCCUAGCUUUGUAUGCCCUCUCCGGCCGCCCGUCCGACCGCGACCUCCUCCUCGCCGAGUCCCGCCGCACUCCCGGCCUCUUCUCCUUCAAUCUCGCAAUCGCCGAGAGUGCCCGCUCGGGCGACCUCGUCUCCGCGCGCCAGGUGUUCGACGGAAUGACCGAGCGGAAUGCCGUCACGUGGACGCUCAUGGUCGACGGCCAUAUGAAGCGCGGCGACGUCGCCGACGCCGUUGCCUACUUCGAGAGCAGCCCCUGCAAGACCGUCGUCUCCUUUACGGCCUUCAUUAGCGGGUUCGUCCUCAACGGGCUUCACCACGACGCCCUGACGAACUUUCUCCGCAUGUUUGCGUCCGGCCUCAUGCCGAACGAGGUGACUUUCACAUGUAUCCUCAAAGCUUGCGUGCUUGCAGGCGAGUUCGAUCUGGCGAAGUGCAUCGUUGCUCUAAUUGUGAAGACAAACUUCGAUAGGCAUCUCUCAGUGCGCAACUCCUUGAUCAGUUUUUACCUCAGAGUGGGUGAAUUGGAGAAGGCGAGGGCUGUGUUCAACGAGACGGAGGAAAGAGACGUUGUAUCGUGGACGAUCCUACUUGAUGUGUAUGCGCAGAUGGGAGACUUGAAGCAAGCGCGUCAGCUGUUCGAUGAAAUGCCGGAGAGAAAUGAGGUCUCUUGGAGCACCAUGAUUGCAAGGUAUGGUCAGAGUGGGGAGUCUGUGGAAGCCAUGAAUCUUUUCUGCCUCAUGCUUCGCGAUGGGUGUGAGCCUAAUGGCUCCUGUCUUGCUAGUGCUAUCAGCAGCUCAGUUGCCUGCGGGAAUUCUCUCUUUGGGAGCUCUGUACAUUGCUACACAUUGAAGGUUGGUUUUGAGAGCUAUAUUUUUGUUUCUAGUUCUCUGAUCGAUAUGUAUUGCAAGUCUAAAGCCCCAAAUGACGGGCGCCGUGUUUUCGACUUGAUACUUGAGAAGAACACUGUAUGCUGGAACUCAAUGGUAGCAGGUUAUAGCUGUAAUGAUCUGAUAGAGGAAGCUGAAGAACUUUUCAAAGUGAUGCCUGAAAGGAAUGUUGCAUCUUGGAACGCAUUGAUCUCUGGUUAUGCAGAAAAUGGGCAUUUCGCGAAGGCACUAGAGACUUUCGAUAAAAUGCUAGUCUCAGAACAAAUGCCAAACCAGAUGACAUUUUCCAGUGUGCUACUUGCUUGUGCAAAUCUUUGUUCAAUUGACCGAGGGAAGAACCUUCAUGGUAGGAUUGUAAAACUUGGCAUUCAAAAUGAGGUUUUUCUUGGAACGGCACUCAUCAAUAUGUAUGCAAAAUCUGGAGACAUUGAGAGUGCCAUGAGAAUGUUUUCCGAGAUGCCUGAAAAAAACCUAGUUUGUUGGUCCGCAAUGAUCCAAGGGCUUGCAGAUAAUGGCUAUGCAGAUGAGUCCAUAACCACGUUCGAUGAAAUGAUAAGAGCUGGGGUAACUCCGAACGAUGCUCCAUUCUUGGCUGUUCUGUUUGCUUGCUCACAUCGUGGUUUAGUUGAUAGAGGAUUGCAGUACUUCAACUCAAUGGAAAAGGUUUAUGGCAUCGCGCCCAAGGCAAAACACUACACCUGCAUCAUCGAUUUGCUAGCUCGAGCCGGUCAUCUCUGGGAAGCAGAGGAGCUGAUUGGCACAAUGCCUAUCAAACCAGAAGCUAAUGCAUUGGUAGCUCUGCUGAGUGCUGCUUCUUCUUUAAGGGAUGAGGAUAUGAGCCAGAGAGUAGCAAACAGAUUGUGGGAAUUAGAAAGACAUAAUUCUGCCGGGCAUGUCUUGCUAUCGAAUACAUAUGCUUCUUGUGGCAGAUGGAGAGAUGUCGCGAAGGUGAGAACUGAAAUGAAACUCUUAGGAAUGAAGAAGAAUGUAGGGUGCAGCUCAAUUCAGACAAGAAAUCAACUUCAUACUUUCUUCAGUUGGGGUAUGAAGCACCCAGACUCCUUGAAGGUUUAUGAAAUGUUGGAUCUUGUAAUGUCAGAAAUGACAGGUUAUAAGUUACCUCUUACCUCUGCAUUACUGACAUUGUGAAGAAAAUGAGCAGAAGGUGGUUUCAUAAUCUGAAGGAGCGCAAGAGAGAUGGCAGGAGCUGCUAUCUAUGAGGCAGUUUGAGUUUACUAUCAGCUUAGUCAUACUAUUUUGAAAUUCAAUCAGUUAAUUCAUUCUUUGUGCUAAGUUUAUAGUUUGCCCUUCUGUUGAAGUAAUAUAGAAUGAAUUGGGACUAUGUUGCUGGUUGUUCGUGAUCAGAUUCCUAUAUUUCAAUGAUCAGAUAACUUAUUGGAAAGUUGAGAUAUUUUGUUG